AUGAAAAAAGCAAACCUCUUAAGGACUUAUUCUAUCCUUUAUAAUAUUUUUGUGGGUCUUGUAAUUUUCCAUACUGUAGCUGAAAUUAUUUCUAUGUUUAUAAGUAAAAACACAAUUGUAAACGAUUGUAUUAGUGGAGGUCAAUCUAGUGGAUCUCCUAGCAGUAAUUCAGCGGGUGAUUGUGAAAAGAGUUUUUGGAUAAUUGCAAUCAUAAUUAGCAGUAUUAAUAUCUUAAUUAUUUUUAUGGUGAUUCAUUUUGCCUUGGUUGUUGCAUCCUACGCUGCAAGCCGUAAAGAAAAAGAAAUGAAAUCUUCUCAUUUAACACAUGAAUUCUCUGAAAACAAUGUUUCUUAUGAAGCUUCGGCGUAUGGUGUUAAAGAAAAAUAUUAA